UUUACUAAGCAUUUGGUAGUUUUCAUUUUUAAAUGAAUUUUGAGUUAGCAAACAAGUAAUGAAUGGAUGAAACACUGCAAAUUAAAAUUAGAGAAUUCAUCGGUUGUGUCCUGUGGUUUUGCUCUGUUUGCAUUUUUUUUGUGGUAAACAUGAAAAAUAAUAAAAGUUUUCUUAAGAAAAUAAUGUAUAGAAUAUUUAAUUAUUCCAAUUACUUAAUGGGAUUUAGAUUCCUGCUCUACAGUUCCCUUGUGUGAUACCUUAUUUUGCAGGCAGGCAUUUUUUGGAUGUUUUUGCAAAGGUCAGGCUUGUGUAAAGGUAACUCCAUACACUGUGUGUGUGUGUGUGAACUGUUUUAACAGGUUUCUGGUACCAGAAAUUUUGGGGAACCUCUUUGAAGAAAACUCCUGUCGCGAUGGCAUCAUCCUGUCUACAGAUCUGUGCAUUGCUGCUGGCAUUGGCAGGGUUCACCACACUGCUUGUCACUACCAUGUCCAGCAGAUGGAAAGUUCUGGACACCACGGCAGAGCUGGUUACUGCAGACUGGGUGUCUGAAGGCCUUUGGAUGGACUGUGCAGCAACUGCUGUUGGAUCAGUACAGUGCAAGAAAUUUCUCUACAUGCUGAGUUCAGACCCUCACAUUCAGGCAUGCCGUGCCCUGAUGAUUGCUUCCAUCCUUCUGGGAUUCUUAGCUGCAGUAGUCUCACUGCUGGGUAUGAAGUGCACAAACAUUGGGUUGAGUGAUGAAGAUGGAAAAAUGAAGUUUACUGUCACAGGAGGAUUUCUUUUUAUUUUAGCAGGUCUCUGCUCCAUGGUGGCUAUUUCUUGGUAUGCUGCAAUGAUUACUGCUCAGUUUUUUAACCAACUCUACGCUGGAACCAAGUAUGAACUAGGAGAAGGUCUGUACUUGGGCUGGACUGGAUCUGUCCUUUACAUACUUGGUGGAAUCUUACUGACCUGUUCAUGCAGAGGGACGGAAAAACAGAAUUACAGCCCCAACAAAUAUGCAUACACAGCAGCCCAGGCAGCUUCUCAGCCACACAUGUACCCCAGGAACUCCGAGACAGUCAUAAGCAACAAGGAGUACGUCUGAGCAUCAGUCUGCAUCGCCUGUAGCUAGUGGGUUAUGAACUCAACAAAGAAGUGAGCUACUUCUUUGUUCUAGUUCCAAGUUGCAAUCCUAUGCCUUAAUUUGGAGGUACCAGGAGGAGGUAUGGCUUUCAAUGUAAAUAGGAGUGGUUUUCAGAUGUAAAUAGCUUUCUACAGAAGAUGCUUUGACGUGAAAUCCCGAGGCAUGAAGGUUUUCUGCAUGCUGAGAAGCCUGGUAAAAUUUAACCAGAGCACAGUAUAUGCUGACACUCGAGAGCAAUGUUUUCUGUUUCAGCUGACUCAAACAUGUGGAACUGAUAACUGUAUCUGACUGCAAGUUCAUAUGCCUCACAGUUACAAAUGUGUUGUGUUUUCAUUAAUGUUUAGCUUCCUUCUUUUGUUUAGCAGCUUAAGCUUUUGACAAGAAAUAAAUUUUGUUCUACAGACUGAAACAGAUUUUUUGAUAAGUGGAGUCCUCUAAUAAGGAUCUGGUGUUAUACUGAAAUUUGUAUUAUACAUGAUAGUCAAGACUUAUAAAAGCUACAGAAAUUUUUCUAGCACCUUCAAAUCUGAAGAUGUGCGACAAAUUUCCUGCUGGCUGUAAUGCAGAUACAGGAGAUAAAUGAUGUGGAAUGAACAGACACAGCUGGGAGUGGAGAAAGCAUCUGGUACAAAAAUGCCUUGUGUUAACUAAGAAAAUGAUAGCCUGGAUUUUUUAUUUUUAUUUCUAUGGUUUCAGCUUUUUAAAAUAACACUACUUUAACUUUGAGAAGUCUUUAACUUCGGGAACCUUUACUGCAUCUGAAUUGUCCAAUUCAUGUCAUUCCCCAGUGGUUUUAUUUUCUGUCAUUGUUCCAGCUUUAGAAUUUCUGCCUCAAACUACUCCACUGCUGGGAGCAUAUGUUUACCUUGUGUGAGCACUUAGGCAGAUGGCAGUGAGCUAACUAUACUUCAUAUAUAUGCUUUCAGCAAGGUGGAAUGGAAUUUCAUCCUGCAGGUUCUCAGGUUCCACAACUUGUCCCUUUUAAAUUACAAAUGUAUUCAUACAGUUUGACAAAACUCUGUUUUGAAUGGCUAAUGAUAGACACGUAGCAGUCUGCUCUGGAAGUUUCAUGCAGAUUCCUUGGUGGCCCAAAAGAUAAUUUCAGAGGGCAAUCUGCAAGCAAUCUCAGCAGAAAUGCUUUAGCCGUGUUGCCUGCAUGCAGGAACAGCUGACUUGUAAACUGAGACAUUAAGGAAUGAACUGGGCACUGCUGGACUUAGUAAGUAAAGUUAAAAUGGGCAAUGAUUACUUCUGGAUUGCCAGUGUCAUCUUCUUCCUUCCACUAUCAUCUGCAGUUUUUUAAAUCAUUCCUUUGGUGUUUUAGAGAAUAAUUUCAAAAGCUGAAAAGCCACUUAGCCUACAUGGUGGGAGCUGAACUCCUAACCCUCAUCUGUAUAGUCUGUCUUCUGGAUUUUUGGGUAAUUUGUGAGGGUACUUUCGUCUAGUUGGACAUAAGGAAAAUUGCAGAGACAAAGCAUCAACCACUGUCUGCUUCCCACCAAAGGCUGUGUCAGCUCAUUAACAUGAGUUAUGAUCCAGUAGGUGAGGAAGAAAUUCAGAACGUCCUUGGUCUGGAUCAUGUCUUCUAACGGCAUCACUGGGAAGUUUAACUAAACAACAGGAAAAAAAUCCCUGUGUGGUAACUCCUUC